ACCGCAACCGCCUGUGGUUUCUUGCACCCCAAGAAGCCACAACCUAAUAUUUUUUUUCUCUUUUUAAGUGGUUCAGCCCAAACCCUAGAAUUCAUUCUCUCGCGCUUGGGAUUUCGCUUCGUCCGCGAAUUAGCGAGGUGUGCCUGUUUGUCGUGAUGGCAACUCCAUUGGUUGCUGGUGCAUCUCUGGCUGUUGCUGCAUUGGGUGCUAGGUAUGCAAUUCAGGCAUGGCAGGCAUUUAAAGCCCGCCCUUUUGUUCCGCGAGCCCGUAGGUUCUACCCAGGUGGUUUCCAGCAGGUCAUGACAAGAAGAGAGGCUGCGCUGAUUCUUGGAAUAAGAGAGCAUGCUGUGGUUGAGAAGAUAAAGGAAGCACAUCGGAGGGUGAUGGUGGCAAACCAUCCCGAUAGUGGUGGGAGUCAUUACCUUGCAUCCAAGAUCAACGAGGCCAAGGAUAUAAUGAUGGGCCAGGGCAAGAAUAACGGCUCUGCCUUUUAAAUGUUGAAUCAAGACAUCUACUUCAUGAUUGACCGUUCUCACAGCACGCAUUUUGUUCGCUAUUUUUUUUCCCUUAUACUUUUUCAGCUUCACUUACAUUGUUGUGUAUCACUUGCACCCUAUUCAUGCAAGGGUGAGGUUGAUAAUCACCCUGAUUGUUACAGAAAAACAUAUUGAUCUGAAUGAAUCAAAUUGACAAACAUUCAGAAAGUUUAGCAAGGAAAAAUUUAAUGUAAAAUUCUAUU